UCAAUUGGACCCUAAUAAUCCAAAUGGAUUCUGAACUUCGAAUAAUAGUUAGAUCAGAACGAACCUUGCCAAACUUCCACUUUCCAAGACAGAACAUCGACGAUAGAUGGGUUUGAUUGCACCGCUUAAAUUUCGGUCUGAAGAAAUUUGUUUCGGAUAAUUGUUUUUCCUGUUCGAGUUUGAGAAUCUAGCCCAGAAAACUUGUAUAUUUUUUGAGAAAACAAGAUGCGAUGGGAAGCUCCAAAGUGCAAAGGCUUUCUGGGAUGCAGAAACAAGUGCUUAGUCUUUUCAGAGGGUUUCUGCGUGCAGCACGUUCCAAAUCGGAGGAAGAGCGGCGCAAGAUAGAAUCAAUUGUAUCGCAAGAGUUUCGGCGUAAUGCAAAGAGUGUAGAUCGGAAAAACUUUCUUUACAUUGAGUACUUGCUUCGCCGUGGCAACAAACAGCUUGAACAACUGAGGAACCCUGGUAUCACUGGCUUAUCUUCAUUGCAACUUCAUUUCUCCAAAACUGAUUCCAAUGGCCAUUCAAGUAAUAAGGCUUAAAAAUUAUUGUGUUUUUACCAUUACAUUUAGACGUCUAUAAUUGCCUACAAGGAACCCAACGAAUUCAUUUAUGCUUGGGUCAUUUUUCUCA